UAUAAUCCUAUUGGAUAUUGAAGGUCAUACGUCGGAUGUUUUACGCUACGUAAAAUAUGAAUCCUACAUAAGGAACAAAAUUGAUAAUAUGUACACGUGAAAAUAUCAUUACUCCUUUCUUUGCUCUUCUGCAUGUCAGAUUGCUUGUUUUGGUCAUAUUGACCCUUUCUAUUUCUCUAAGUGGCAUUAAUUAAAGAACCAGAACACGUGCACUUGAAGGCGAAGACGAAAGGUUACAAAUAUAUAGUGUAUCUGAAAGGAAUCGAAACAAAAAAUGCUGAAAUCUGAGGCUUCGAAAUCUUGAAAAAAAAAAGGAGUUAGAUCUGAAUGUCAUAUCAUUGAUAGGUCGUCGUCGAGUAUGGCCAUGUUACGUCAAGUCAAGCCAGCAUACAGACUUUUCGACGAAGGUGUUGUCUUUCUGCUUCGAGGUAACGCUGUUCCAUCUUUUAGCACAUUCAAUUCUUCGACGGUAUUCGCGAGACAACAACAACAACAAAAAUCAGAGAGCAAUAAUAAAGUGAAGGAGAAUAAUAACAACAGCAAGCUUGGCGGUGACAAGAGACCAUCUAUUGACGAGGCCACAAUCAGGAGGCUCGAGAGGUUGGCACUAGUCGGCUUCGAAUUCAAGCAGAGCAAGAGAGUGCUGGAGGAAGCGAUAGCUUUCGCCGAACGGCUGCGGACGGUCCAUAUCGACGAGACGGUACGUCCGAUGUACAGUACCCUGGAGAACGAUUGCAUUCAUCUGCGGGACGACGUGGUGCAACACGACGUCGAUCGGCGUGAGAUACUGAGGAACGCCGCGGUGCUAGAAGAGGAAUAUUUUGUCGCGCCGUUAACGACAAGCAAGGAGAAAGAAAGUGAGUCUAAACAAUGAGUCUAGAAG